GUUAAACAGGACUCCAGAAGCUAAUCAACCGUGUUCUGUAAUGAACACACAUCAUACACACCGUCAAGGAACAUGCGUAUUAGUUUCGGCAUAUGUUUCAUGUAGGGAUGAGCCAACAGAAUCCUCGAAUCCCAGAUAGGGAUUCGAGAUUCGGGAAUACGAACCCCAGUUCCCAAUCGAAUCUUUCGAAUCCAUCAACCAUGUUUGUUUCUUUUUUAAAUUGGCACGUCCGGAGUCCGCCGAAAGCCUGAUUGGCUUCUGCGGACAUCUUCAAGUACUGAAGGGACAACCAUAAAUAUCCCGAUUUGAGGAAACUCUCGAGAAACUCCUGAUCACACCCCCACCGACAGCAGCGCCAGAAAGAGUCAUCAGCACAUUGCGUGUCAUAACUGCUCGAAAACGCAGCAGGCCGGACCCUGAGCGGGUGAGAAUGUCAGUGUUUUUGUUUGUUUACAUUGCUCUUACAUUUACACAUUUACAAUUUUUGUAACAUGGUUUUGCUUUUGACUGUUUUUAAGUCUUACGGAAAGAAUUCAGACACGAAAGGUCAUGUAUCUCCUGUAGUCGAUGAACAACAUAUUUUCUCCUGAAAGGGAACUACUAUUUAAUUUGUGUUUCACUAUACAAAUAUAUCAAAUUCUGCUUCAAAACACUAAACCAUUCGAGAUUCGUAAGAUUCAUACGGAUUCGUCCCAUCUCUAGCUUCACUAUAUGUAUUCUAGUUUCCUGGUCAGUUUGCCAACUUCUCGAAAAGUUGUCUCGUUCUCGGAAUUUCCCAUUCUUCAUCCAACUUCAGACUCUAAUUUUUCGUAUUUUCCAGAGAAACAAAAUUUACUACAACCUCUUCAAUCCGCGAAACAUUCCGUUCCAAGUUGAAACUGUCAUUCGGCAUUUGCAGGUGCAACGUCCAAGUUUGAAAAAACCGCGCCACGCAAGUAUCACGUGACCACCCAACUGAAAACUACAUUGUUUAGCGAACACUAGAAAUGUAAACACAAGUAUAUUUCGAAGAUACAAUAAAUUAUAAAAGGGUUCCAGGAUUUCCACAAUGUACAGUUGGUGCAGCCAGCCAGUGGCGCCGCAGAAACCGGCUUUAUAAUUUUAAAGAUGGCCGCGGCUCCCAUGGCGUCCGCUCCAGGUACGUCUCAUCAUCCUGGUCAAGUGAGCGGCCAUCCUCCUGCAGCCACAGAAUUCAAGUUUGACAAUGUGGUCAAAGUAAAAGCCUUGGUGUGGUCGCUGAAAGAAGCACUAGCGACGUUAGUGCAAGUUGCAGCCGACAAUAUUAACCACACAUCGGCCGUCGACAACGGCAUGCGGCCAAGCUCCAAAGAAGAAUUAAGCUUAAAGAGGCUUGACAAGACUCUGGAAGAUUUCUUCUCUGUCUGCAACCAGAUCGAACUAAAUCUGCGUACAAUACAAGAGUGUGCCCUGCAGCUUCGGGACAGUCAGCAGUACCUUCCGGUGCCUGUUGUUGCUUCCAAGCCAGAGCCGAGUAACCCGCAAGAUGGAACUCUGUCCUAUAGCCAGUACAUUACUACCAUUCGUGCCCAGGUCAACUUUGCCAAAGCUGUGCUCGACGUGCUUAAUGAAGGAGCACGACAACUUUCACACGAGUGAACUGGGGACUAACAGUGAAAAUCUGCUCAACACUGGCAUGAGAUUGGAUUGUUACAUUGCUGGAUGCAUUAUAUGCAAGCCUGAGAUACAACUUGGUGAAAUGCUGUUGCAACUGCCUUUCUAUGGAUCUCCAAACUAGCUUUUGACUGUCAUGUUCUCGUACAGUCAAACUCCUUUACAACGAAACUCAGGGGACAGCGAAAAAAAUUCGCAGUAAAGGUAUUUUCGUUAAAAAGGAUGUCCAUUAUUGGACCUAUAGGGCUCCAAUGGGACUAAAAAAAUUUGCCGUAGUGGUAUUUUCGCGGUGGUAGUGGUGUUCGCUAUAAAGGAAUUUGACUGUAAUGCAUAAGUAAAAAAAACAAAAAAAAACAAGUGUACUGACCAUUUGCACAUAUAUUAUUGAACAAGCAUAGGAUAGUGUCUGGCAUAGUGUACAUUGGUAACUACCUCUUAUUCAAGAGAAUUUGUGAUUAUCAAAGCUAAGACAACAUUCGUGCUGAAAACUUUUCUGAAUAUAAUUGUAAGGAAAUUAAGUGCAAAAUGAUCUGAAAAGGUAAGAAAAAAUGAACUAAUGGUACUCUGGGUAAAUGUUUCAUCUGCAUUAUUUGCCACUUUUGAAUUCAUAUGCACCUUUUGCACAUUAAACACAUUCAUUUUCCCUCUA